GGGCAUUUUCACCGAAGGCAUCUCCUGCAUCAUCGCGGGGCUGCUGGGAACCGGCAAUGGCUCCACCUCCUCCAGCCCCAACAUUGGUGUCCUAGGCAUCACAAAGGUGGGGAGCAGGAGGGUGAUACAAUACGGGGCUGGCAUCAUGCUCGUGUUGGGGACCAUUGGCAAGUUCACAGCGCUGUUCGCCUCCCUGCCCGACCCCAUCCUUGGCGGGAUGUUCUGCACCUUAUUCGGCAUGAUCACGGCCGUCGGCCUCUCCAACCUGCAGUUCGUCGACAUGAACUCCUCCCGCAACCUCUUCGUGCUGGGCUUUGCCAUGUUUUUUGGGCUGGCGCUGCCAAACUACCUGGAUUACCACCCCAAGGCCAUUAACGCAAUAACCCCGGUUCCCUGCGCUCUCGCAGGUGUCCCCGAGCUGGACCAGAUACUGACGGUGCUGCUAACAACGGAGAUGUUUGUUGGGGGGACCAUCGCCUUCAUCCUGGACAACACCAUCCCAGGGACGCAGGAGGAGCGAGGACUGGUGCAGUGGAAGGCGGGCGCGCACUCGGACAGCACAGUGAGAGCCAGCCUGAGGAGCUAUGACUUCCCCUUCGGCAUGAGCGCGGUGAGGAGGAGCCGGUGGCUGAAGCAUGUGCCCAUCUGCCCGGUGUUCACGGGGUUUAAGGCCCGGGCAAGGGGCAGUGGCGCGGUGACGGCGGCAGCUGCAGACGUACAAGAUAAUGCAGACGGGCUCUCCGUGUGCACAAAGGUCUGA